CCAAGCUUCCCGAAUCCGAACCAACCGUCAAGGGUCACACCCUACUUGCUUUCCUGCACUUUUCACUGAAGAUAUCGUGAUCAUGCACAUGAGGAUCAGAUGCGAGGCACGCUUCUGCCAAUCUCGUACUUGGCCCCAGAUAAAUAGUGUAUCAGAGCAGAGUAUAAGAUCCAGGGGUCCAUAUUGGUCGGUGAAGGGCCGCACGAUGUCCUCUUCCUCUCUGCCGUGUAGCAGCCGCGGAUCUAAACUUACUUACCUAGGUAUAUUCUGCGAGGCCGGGGCCAGAUUCCUGCAAGAAACCGACGGGAGCAACCGUGUAUCGACUUACAACGCACAUUGCCGUUUGGCGGGCCAAGUCUUCCGACCUCGCAGGAUUCACGCGGCUGUCAGGGAGAGUAUUUCUUUAACCGCCGAGAAACAAAAGCGAACAAGGCUAACACAAGACCGAGAACCGUGAUAGGCCUGUCUAUACUUGGUUAUGCAUAUUGGAACUUGGAUUAAGACGCAAGGG